AUGCGCUCGUUUGUUAGCGCCACCAAGCUGCCCUACGGCAGCAAACAAGUCAGAGAGAUGUUCCUGUCGCUUAUCGCACUGUCCAAACGAGGGAAAGCUCGGAUGACAGUCGAUGACUUCCGAAGCUUCUUCAAAAAAUAUGUAGACAAGAACGAUGCUCUGCUGGUCAAGAAACGAUUAGCACUGUACGGCUUGCUCACGAGAUUCAAAACGUUUGCGACCUCCUUCUUAGUGGCAGAGUCAGCUGAUAUAGUGGUGGACCAGAUGUUUCUCUUCCGCGUUGAGCAUGUCGGCAGUGGUGCGGGUGGCUACGAACCCAAGAGGGUGAUGAAGGAGUACUCGAGCAACAGAAUCCUGAAGAUGUCUGCGCUGGAAGAGCAGAUGUCGCAGCUUGAGCUACAGAUUGCUGAGGCAGCCAACUCAAUCAAACCAGGGAGGUUUGCCGACAUCGGGCUGACGGUGGAUACCAUCAUAGACGGGGCAGUCGAUGUAGAACAAGUCUGGACAGCAAGCAGACUCUCUCUCUCGCACGCACACCCACCAGCCAUGAGGAAAACCAAGACGCCAGAGCCGCGGGUGCAAGAGGAGGUGAGCGGGUCAUUUGCACGAACCUCGAGCCUCCGCAGAAGCAACAAUGAGAGUAGAACGCUGGAGCUCAUUGAGGAACAAUCUGAGGUCUACGAGCAUGACUCCUUCAGAAGGAAGAGUCGCUUUCUUGGCGAUGGCGAACAUGAGUUCGAUGAUGCGGCAUUGUCUCCGAAGCAAGACAUGACUGCUGAGAUCUUGGAAACCUUGAAGAUGUCGAACGAAAUGUGCGAAAGAACAAUUCAUGACAUCUGUACGUGGAGCAAAGAGUGGCUGGAAGAAAUGUUAGAGACAUUUCGGAGCUGUGUAGACGAAGAUGGACUAGCACUCAAGGACGUCGAAAGCUGGACAGAACAAGUCGUCAACGACGAGAUGACAAUAGUGCAAACUCUCUUUCCCAACCUUGAAGUUCGCUUUCAGCACAUCUUUCUCUUGUUGAGCACAUUGAUUUUUGAUUGCUGA